AAAAUGGCGGCGCACACCAAAACGAGAUUCUUGAUAAACAAGUUCAAAGACUCGGUUUGUUUAAUCCAGCGACGGAAUCGCGUUAAAACCAAAUGGGCCAGCACCAGACCCAAAGUCCCAGCGACGAACCUGGCCCUGCAGCAUUUCGAUGCCACCUAUAAUAACUAUUUCGGGGAGCUGUGGCCAUCCAUCCGUAUCGGGAUGUUGUCCGAGCAGAAGUACGGAGCCUUGAUGAACAAUUUCGCCUCGAAUGCAGACGUGAUCUCGACUUUACAAUCGCAAGGCUGCAGGAACUUCGUCAGAGAUGGAGAAAGAGACAGACACGAGAUUUCAGAAGAAUCUGAACAGAAUGAUCAUCCUUUUACAGGACCAGCUCGUAUUGGCUCAUAUAUCCAAUGUUUUGUCUUUCCGAGAGGGGACAUAUCUCGAUUCAAACCUGCCAGGCCAGACAGCACAGGAUUGCUGAGUUAUUACCUCCUGGAUGCAGCUUCUGUCCUGCCUGUGUUGGCGCUGGACAUCCAGCCGGGUCACACUGUCCUGGACCUCUGUGCUGGCCCGGGAGGGAAGACUCUUGCUAUCCUGCAGACUCAAACUGUCCGGUUUCUGUGGGCCAACGACUUGUCUGGGUCUCGCACGACCCGAUUACGGAGGACACUCCAGAGCUACGUGCCCAAAGAGCUGAGAGGCGAGGACAAGAUCCGUGUCACAUCCCUUGAUGGUCGUAAAUGGAGGGAUAUGGAAGAUCUCCACUUCGACAGAGUGCUAGUGGACGUCCCCUGUACCACAGACAGACAUUCCCUAAUGGAGGAUGAGAACAAUAUCUUCAAAAGGUCCAGGACUAAAGAGAGACAGAUGCUUCCUUUACUGCAGAUUGAACUCCUGCUGGCGGGGCUCCAGGCGACUUGUCCGGGUGGAGAGCUGCUCUACUCCACCUGCUCUCUGUCUCAGCUGCAGAACGAGUGUGUGGUGCAGCAGGCGCUCCGUCUCGCUCAGCAGGAGAUGGACAUCACGGUGCAAGUGCAGGACCUCAGCAGCUUCACUCGCCUCUUCUCGGACACCUUCCACUUUGCCCCUCAGCCGGCGCUCGGGGAACUCGUCCUCCCGCACUUGUGUGCGAACUUCGGGCCGAUUUAUUUGUGUAAACUGCUGCGUGUGAGCUGAAGAGGCCCAGAGUCAGGUUUAUACAACUGUUAUAAACAAGUUACUGCAACACUGCCCUCUGGUGGACAUUAAAAUGUUUUCUUGUCACUAAAAGCUGCUCAAAGGAAUUAUUUAUUACAAAAAGGAGAAAAUCUCAGACUUUGAUACUGUUUCAGUUCAUAUUUGAUCUUACCACAGAACCUGAUUCGAUUCGAUUUGAUCCAUAUGUGACUAACAUGAUUCAGAAUCCGUGACAGUUCUGCUGUUCAUUCACAGACGAUGACGUGGAGAAAGAGUUCAAAGUAUCAGAGUUACAGCAAAGUCUGCUUGCUUUCUCAGAUUUUGAUUAAACAUCCUUUAAUUUGAUUUAAUGGAUUUUUAAUUGUAUCCAAUCAAUCAAAAUCAUCAGAUUGUUACGCCAUACAGUGGCGUGCAUACAUAUUUCUUCCCCCCCCCCCCCAACCUUCCCAUAUUUUAUUGAGCGUCAAAACCUGGAAGUGAAACAGACUUAACAGGGAUUUAUUACAUCAGUUUGUACAAAAUACCUCACAAAUAUGAAGUGGGAGAAAAAAAAUCAUUACAGCUUGCAAAAUUAUUAACAUUUUUAAAAUAAUGGGUUUAAUGUCGCUCUGUGAGAUCUUCAAGUGUUUGAGAUUUUGUUAAAACCAAACUGUGAUGGCUGCUUUAAGGCGUGGUCUCUGACUCCAGGAACAGCUAGAUUAUACUAUACGGGGCAUGUCACCAGGAAAUGAGUCCAGCUGGUCAAAAAAUGAAAAGUUAUUUUAUUGGAUAUUUUAAAUAUAUAGUUAUAGUGCUUGUAAAGCAGAGCUCUGGAUUAUUAUCUCUCAGCUUCUUCUUUAUCCAGGAUCAAUAACUCGAGUGUCACUUCAUGUAAAAACUUUGUUCACACUUUGUUGAAUAGGUCCUAUAAACAGCACACUGGCUAUAACUUUUGGUUUGAUUUGGGUUGAUUUUGAUAUUCCACCCACGUCCCUCUGUUUUUCAUCCCUCUAUCCAUCCAUUUUUCCCUGUAAAAUUUGAAUGGGAUUUUUUUUCCCCCAACCACUCCUGUAUCGCCAGUUUUUAAAAUAAAGUAAUACCUCCAAACUUACUAAACAUGUUCUGGGCAAUCCUAUAAAACAGCUCUUUUCAGACCUCUGUCACUCCUGUUUUCUGGCUUUUUUUUAUCCUUUGCUUUUCUUCUCAUUGGCUUCAGUUCAUUUUUUAAAGCCAAACUGCUCCUAGAGAUUAAAAGCUCGAACCACCAAAGUUAGGUUAUUGUAACUUACAUAAAUACUGCGCAAGUCUGUCUGUCUGUCUUUCUUUCUCAUCCCUCCAUCCUCCCAUUAGAACCCAUUCAUUUUGCGGCUCUUCUGUUUAAGGUGGAGUCACAAAAUUUGCAAAAGUACAGCACUCGAGCGUUGUCCCAAAAAAGUUGGGAUGCUGUGUAAACUGUAAGGAAUAUCAGAAUGUGAAGAUUUGCAAAUCAUGGAAUAUCCAAUUGAAAAUAGUAAAAAGGCAAAAUAUCAAAUGUUGAAACUGAGAAAUUUUUGUUCUUUGAAAUAUAUGCUCAUUUUGAAUUUGAUGUCUUUUGCACUAUUUUCAAUGAAAUACAGGGUUUCCAUGAUUUUGCAAAUCUUCUCAUUCUGUUUUUAUUUAUGUUUUACACACCGUCCCAACUUUUUUUGGAAUUGGGGUUGUACUAAUGACACUCAUCUCUCUCACUCUUCUAUUCUUUCAUUCAUCCCUCCAUUCUUCCAUAAUCCACUGAUUUUACUGCUCCUUCAGUGUUUAAUGUAGAACUGCAGAACUUCAUUUGUAGGUUCAGCUGCUGAAAGAAAGUUCACACACUAUCACUCACUCUAUCUCUUUAUCUCUUUGUCUGUCUGAAUAGCUUCAUCAAUCUCUCCAUCACUUUCCUAAAUUGCUUGUCUUUAUCUAUCUAUCUAUCUAUCUAUCUAUCUAUCUAUCUAUCUAUCUAUCUAUCUAUCUAUCUAUCUAUCUAUCUAUGUUGUAUUUUUAAUUUUGUUUUGCUUUGCAAGCACCAGGUUUGUAUUUUCUGAAAUAAAUACUAUUUAUCUUUAAAAUAAAGCUUGUUUGUUAAACGUGGAGCAGCUGAUUGAGAGGAAUGAAAAUGUUGACGGUACCUUCAUCUUAACAAAAAAAAUCAAGCUUGGAGAAAAUUGAAAUGAAUGCACAGUAAUUAGGAACCAUUUAUUUGACCUAUAAAGUCAUAUUUAUAAGAUUUUACAAUAUAAUGUUUUGGUGAUGGGUACAUUAUA